AUGGAUAUUGAUGAUAUAUUGCAAGAAUUUGAAGAGUCUACGGCCAAGCAAUAUCAAAGCACGUCUGCAUCUAUACAACAGGAUUUAAUAACAGCAAUGAUGAAUGAAAGAAUGUCUCCAGAACUACUACCUUAUAAAACUGAAUUAUUAAAUACUGUACUUACUCAUAUUUCAAAUCAACAACAAUUUUUAUUAGAUAGUCAUGAAUAUGGAGAAAUAAAUAGUGGAAAUGGAAUUAUCUCCAGUGAUUUUAAAUUACAAUUGAUGAUUAUAGAAACCGAUAUUGAAAGAAUAAGCUAUAUUGUUAAAUUGUAUUUGAGAACAAGACUACUGAAACUUAAUAAAUUCACUAUAUUUUACAUAAACAUAUCGAAUGAUGAUGAUGAUUCGGAAUAUCUAUCACAAGAAGAGAAAGAUUAUAUACAUAAAUAUUAUCAACUUUUAACAUCACUUUACAACAAUUGUUUUUUGAAAAAACUACCACAAAUUUUAACUUUUUUAGAUGAUAGUUCUGGAGGACAAAAUAUGAUAGUCGAACCGGAUUUAAAUCAAUUUGUAUUUGUUAAAUGUAUCACAAAGGAUCCGAUAUUUCUACAGUUGGAAGAUGAAGAAUUGGAAUUGAUAGAGAAUGGAGUUUACGUUAUCAAAUAUAAUCUUAUCAAAAGAUAUCUUGAACAAGGAGAUCUAAUAUUAGUCUAG